CGCAAGGUGAAUAUCCACGGCAGCAGCCGGGAGAGCGGGCUCGGCUCGGGCGCUGCCGCCGGCGUUUGGAGCGGCUUCUCCGAGGGCCGCGGAGGAGGGUCCCUCGGCCGCCCCCGGCUCCGGCUCCCCCGUCACCCGGAGUACCUGGUUGCUGGAUGGAGUAAAUGAGUGGAGGAAGAGGGAGCGCACAGAGACUGAGAGGCGCUCAGAGACCGGGACCGGGGGAGACAGGCGAGCGGCUGGCUUCCCCCUCCGGGGCUGAACAUGGAUUCCCGAGCCCUCGGGGGCUUCACUCUGCUGCUCUUCAGUUUUUGGCACGUGGGAUUAACCGCAAUAAACUAUAAUUGUGAUGAUGCAUUGGUAUCUCCCUUACCUUCAACAGCCCUUACCAGUUCCUCUGAGCUCUUCAGUACUCACAGUCCCAGCUUUGCAAAGCUCAACAGGCGAGAUGGAGCUGGUGGCUGGUCCCCGCUGGACUCAAACGAGCAGCAGUGGCUCCAGGUUGAUCUGGGAGACAGAGUGGAGAUUGUCGCGGUGGCUACCCAGGGCAGGUAUGGGAGCUCGGACUGGGUAACCAGCUAUACGCUCAUGUUCAGCGACACCGGCCACAACUGGAAACAGUACAGACAAGAUGACACCGUCUGGGUUUUCACAGGGAACAGCAAUGCUGACAGUGUGGUUCACCACAAAUUUCUGCACUCCAUGAAAGCCCGCUUCUUACGCUUCGUCCCUCUGAAGUGGAAUGUCGGUGGAAGGAUAGGACUGAGAGUUGAGGUCUUCGGCUGCUCCUAUAAGUCAGAUAUUGCAGACUUCGAUGGCAGAAGUUCACUGCUGUACAGGUUCAAUCAGAAGCUUAUGAGCACAUUCAAAGAUGUGGUUUCCUUGAAGUUCAAGAGCAUGCAGGGGGAUGGAGUCUUAUUCCAUGGAGAAGGACAGCGUGGAGACUACAUUACCUUGGAAAUGCAGAAAGGGAAGCUCUCCUUGCACAUCAACCUGGGGGACUCCAACCUGCACUUCAGUAACAGCCACGCGUCCGUCACCCUGGGCAGCCUCCUGGAUGACCAGCACUGGCACUCGGUUCUCAUAGAGCGCUUCAACAAGCAAGUGAACUUCACGGUGGACAAGCACACCCAGCAUUUCCGAACGAAGGGGGAUUCAGAUCACUUGGAUAUUGAUUAUGAGCUCAGUUUUGGUGGGAUUCCUGUUCCGGGGAAACCAGGAACCUUUCAGAGGAAAAACUUCCACGGGUGCAUUGAGAACCUUUAUUACAACGGAGUCAAUAUAAUUGACCUGGCAAAGAGGCGCAAACCUCAGAUCUAUACUGUGGGGAACGUGACCUUUUCUUGCUCAGAACCACAAAUUGUUCCUAUCACCUUUGUCAGCACCAGUCGAAGCUACUUGCUGCUACCCGGCACUCCUCAGAUUGAUGGUUUGUCAGUCAGCUUCCAGUUUCGAACAUGGAAUAAAGACGGCUUACUUCUGUUCACCCAGUUGUCUGAAAAUUCAGGACCUCUCUUAGUUUAUCUCCGUGGUGGAAGAUUGACUCUACUUAUUCAGAAAGAGACGGAGAACCGAGUGGAAAUCAGUGAAGGCACCAAUCUCCAUGAUGGGCUUUGGCAUUCUGUUAACAUCAAUGCCAGAAGACAUCGCAUUACUCUGACACUGGAUAACAACGCUGCCACUGCUAGCCAUGCAACCACUGUGUCAAGGAUCUACUCUGGGAACAGCUACUAUUUUGGAGGGUGCCCUGACAAUUUCACCGAUUCCCAAUGUUUAAAUCCCAUUACUGCCUUUCAAGGCUGUAUGAGGCUCAUCUUUAUUGAUAACCAGCCCAAGGACCUCAUUUUAGUUCAGCAAGGCUCCCUGGGGAAUUUUAGUGAUUUACACAUUGAUCUGUGUGGCAUCAAAGACAGAUGUUUACCCAACUACUGUGAACAUGGAGGAAAAUGCUCUCAGUCCUGGACCACCUUUUACUGCGAUUGUAAUGAUACCGGCUACAUGGGAGCUACAUGUCAUAACUCUAUCUAUGAACAAUCUUGUGAGGCUUACCGACACCAAGGGAAGACAUCAGGUUUCUUCUACAUUGAUUCUGAUGGAAGUGGACCACUUGGACCACUCCGUGUGUUUUGCAAUAUAACAGAAGAUAAGAUCUGGACUGCAGUGCAGCACAACAACACAGGGCUAACCAGAGUCCAAGGAACUGAUCCGGAGAAGCCGUACACCAUGUUCUUUAACUACAACAGCACUGCGGAGCAGCUUGAAGCCAUGAUAAACAGUGCAGAGUACUGUGAACAGGAGGCAGCCUACCACUGCAAAAAGUCACGUCUCCUGAACACCCCGAAUGGAAUGCCAUUUGCUUGGUGGGUUGGCCGUGCCAAUGAAAAGCAUCUUUACUGGGGAGGAUCUCUUCCGGGCAUUCAACAAUGUGCAUGUGGACUGGAAGAAAGUUGUCUGGAUAUGAGAUAUUUUUGCAACUGUGACGCAGAUAGAGAAGAAUGGACAAAUGAUACUGGCCUCCUUGCUUUCAAAGACCAUUUGCCUGUAACUCAGAUAGUGAUCACUGACACAAACAGAUCAAAUUCGGAGGCUGCCUGGAAAAUCGGCCCUUUGCGUUGCUAUGGAGACAGGCAGUUCUGGAACGCCGCUUCCUUCAACACGGAGGCCUCCUACCUGCACUUUCCCACCUUCCAUGCCGAGGUCAGCGCGGACAUCUCCUUCUUCUUCAAAACUACUGCCAUCUCUGGGGUGUUCUUGGAAAACCUUGGGAUUAGAGACUUCAUACGAGUUGAAAUAAGCUCCCCCAAAGAGAUCACCUUCUCCAUAGAUGUUGGGAAUGGCCCCACAGAAGCCACCGUGAAGUCUCCCACACCUCUGAAUGACAACCAGUGGCACUACAUCCGAGCAGAGAGGAACCUCAAGCAAACUUCUCUCCAGGUGGACAACCUCCCCAAGAAGGUCCUGGAGGCACCUGCUGACGGUCACUUCCGCUUGCAGCUCAACAGCCAAUUAUUUGUAGGGGGAACAGCUUCCAGACAAAAGGGCUUUUUGGGAUGCAUUCGAUCUCUGCAUUUAAAUGGACAGAAACUUGACCUUGAAGAGAGAGCUAAAAUGACACCUGGUGUUAAACCUGGAUGUCCAGGACAUUGCAGCAGUUAUGGUAACCUGUGCCAUAAUGGAGGAAAAUGUGUGGAGAAGUAUAAUGGUUACUCCUGUGAUUGUACCAACUCAGCCUAUGAAGGACCUUUCUGCAAGGAAGAGGUUUCUGCAUUAUUUGAAGCCGGCACUUCCAUUACCUAUAUUUUCCAAGAACCUUAUCCUGUCACAAAAAAUGCAAGCACCUCAAGCUCUGCCAUUUAUGCGGAUGCUGUCAUGUCCAAGGAAAAUAUUGCAUUUAGCUUUCUCACGGCACAUACUCCAAGCCUUCUGCUGUACAUCAACACCUACUUUCAUGAAUAUUUGGCUGUGAUUCUCUCCAAGAAUGGAAGUUUACAGGUCCGAUACAAGCUGAGUAAGGAUGGGCUCCUCAUUUUCACCAUUGACUCUGGAAAUUUUGCCAACCGAGAGCUGCACAAUGUGAAGAUUAACAGAGAAGGCAGAGAGCUUGUUAUUCAGGUUGAUCAAGUUCUCAAACUCAAACACAACUUUUCUGAAAUUGAUUUUAAGGCCAUCAAAUCGCUCACCUUGGGCAAGGUCACAGAGAGUUUGUCACUGGACCCUGAAGUUUCAAAAGCAAAUGCCUAUGGUUUCACUGGCUGCCUGUCCUCUGUUCAGUACAACCACAUUGCUCCCCUGAAAGCUGCCCUACGCCAUCCCAGUGUUGCUCCCGUGACUGUCAAAGGUUCCUUGACUGAAUCCAGCUGUGCGUCCAUAAUGGAAGCUGAUGUGAACACAGUAACCACAAUAUAUUCCUCAUCAGAUCCUUUUGGGAAGACAGAUGAAAGGGAGCCUCUCACCAAUGCAGUCAGAAGCGAUUCAGCCGUGAUUGGAGGUGUAAUAGCAGUUGUGAUAUUCAUCAUCUUUUGCAUCAUUGCCAUCAUGAGCAGAUUCCUCUAUCAGCACAAACAAGCACAUCGAAGUAGCCAGACAAAGGAGAAGGAAUACCCGGAAAACCUCGAGAGCUCCUUUAAAGCUGACAUUGACUUGCAGAACACAAUAAAGCUGCUUUGUUUGGCAUGGCGGGAAGGGAGGAAUAAGCGAGCACAUGGGCUCCUCUGCCCAUGGUUGAGUCAUCUUAUCUGGAAUGGCCUCUGAGACAUAAGUCCUAAAGUACUUAAUUGGCUUUAUGAAGAAUGGAGCAGGAAGGAGGGAAAAGCCCACAGGUGUGUAUUUUUUCUCUGUCCAAACUAACAGACACAAAUCAGCCUUCUGCUUUCCUACAUGUUAGUUUCCAGGAAUGAAAUUACUACAAAAUACAACAAUAAAGUGCAAAGCAGCUCCAGCAGUGGAGCAGCUGGAAAAGGGAGACUGAGCAAUGAAGCAGAGUCCUCUCAUUUCUCAAGGGACUAAAUUACUUUCAGCAGUCUUGGGGCCUGAUUCUGCAAGAUGCUGAGCUUUCUCAAGGAGGAUCAAGUUCCCACCACUAAAGGUAGAAAUUAGUGUUGCUGCCAACAUUUCAGAUACAGCUCAGUGGCUCAGUCCUGGGCCAGAGAGCAGGUGUAAGUAGACUGCUGUGCGCAAGCCCGGACCUGGCAAAACAGUGUAAGUCGUUUGUUUGUCCAUUUUUCCUCAUCCUCAUUUAAUAUAACCCAGGCUGGUAAAACUCCUUGAAAAUUUAGCUACGUUGGUGUGCAUCUGUAAGAAAGAACGAACUUCACAUACAUAAAUGCAUGCAUGAGUAUACAGAAACAUGUGCAUCUAUACCUACGGAUGUAAUGAGAUGUGGAUAUUCAUAUGCUACAGGGCUGCACAAAUGAACACAUUUGUAUGGACUUGAUAUUUAAAAUCCUAUCUUCUAAAUCAGGAUGUCAAUAUUCUUAUUAAAAGGUAGCUAAAAGAUACUACAUGAAGUACUCUAAUACUAACUCCUUUUUUUAUUUCUUUUUUUUUGGUUAUAAUGCUUUCUUUAAUGACGGCAUCAUCUGAUUUACUUCAGUACCAGUUAAAGGCAAUUAAAAAUAUUUUUUUUAAAAACAGAGAAUGCAAUUUUGCAAAAAUCUACCGGUGUUAAAAUUGCUUUCAUUUUCCAUAGUUCAAUUUUUUCCAUCUAUUACAAACUAUUUUGUUAAAAUUGCUCUUUAAAUGGGGGGAUCUUUCCUUUUUUCUUUUAGCUAUCAUUCUAGAUAACAAUUUUCAGUAAAUGUGGGGGGGUAAUACUUUUUAUAUAUAAAAUAUCAGGAUUUAUUUUAAUGGCAAAUCUGAGAAUAUCAAAGAGUUGUUUGGAGGUGUUGUUUGGGUUUUCUUUCUUCUCCCAAGACAAGUUUCCUAACAAAAGUAAGGGGCUGGUACAAGGAUACCAAGUCUUUUUUUUUCUCUUGGUGACAUGGUAUGUAACCUCUGAAAAUUAUUAUUGCUAGGCAGGAAUUUUUAGGCUAUGAAAAUUCUAAGUCACUUAGAUAUGGAUUUAAGCACUGCACAUUCCUGUUUUCCAGAAAUGAUUUGGCCAAUAACAGCCGUGCUUAUAAAGAUAUUUAGUCAUGCAAAGUCUGAGUUGGAUACCUAGAAGGACUGUCUGAGAACCCUGGUGUCUGGCUAUGGAAAACAAAUGAAGGCUGUCUGUCAGAAAGCUAAAUUCCACUAACUUUCAGUGAGACAUAGGCUGCCACCUGAGUGAAGUGUGGGCUUUCAAAGGACUUUAGUCUCCUGAGGAUGUGGAUCAAUGCUUAAGUGAUUAAAUGAGCACUUGACUCAAAUUAUUUUCAGUUGGAUUUCUGCUUCUGCCUUGCUGUCAAAUGUUUUAAAAUACUACAAGACAUUUGAAUACCUUUGAAAAUUGAGUGCCAUUUCUCUUUUGGAAAUAAAACAUUGGUCCUAAGUCACCUAUGUAAUUUGCAGUACGUAUUUCAUCUGUCCUUAUUCACUUACUAGAGACAAGACAGUGUGGGUGUUUUGAGUAAAUUUUUUAACACAUACACUUUUUUCUUCUUUUUCUUGUUCUUGCCACAGCACAGCACUGAAGGUAUGUCUGCAGUGAAAACAAAGCCAAACAAAAGGCAGGCUUUUAAUUCACAUUGGCUAAACCAGGAUUCUCAUCUGGGUGAGAUGGUAAAACAAGCCAUUCAGGGCUGUACUGUUAUCAGGUUGUGUUCAGUCAUGAGAUUCCCCUGACGUUUAAGUUAAAACUCAUGGCCAAAAAUCAAACAUGAGAUGCCUUGUCUCUGUUUUAUUUUAAUCUGAUCUAGCCAGACUUAACCCAUCCUAUUUAGCAAUUGCUCAAUUUUUACAGUGUAAGCCAAACUCUUAUUUUAAUGAGAUGUUUGUCUAUAUUAGCAUUUAACUGAUCACAUAUCACACAUACUGGGCGAGGAGCAAUCAAUACAUCAUAUAGUUUCACUAUGAUAAGGAGCUGUGAAUCUUCUAAUGAAGUCAGCUAUAGAUUUUGCUGAGCAUAAUAAGAUUGAGUCCUAGACCUAUGGAAGCUCUUGAAGAUUGUUUUUAUCUGAGUCUUUUGGGUUUGUUUCAUUUUGCGUUUGGUUUUACAGGCUAUGUGUUUUACAGUUGUCAUCCAAGUCCUGUCCUGUGGUCAGUGAGGACAGGGCAAAUGUCUCAGACAUCCUUUAAGAUUAAAUGAAUCAUUGUCUGGAGCUGCAUCUUUCUCUCCAUUGAUUAUGGAGACAGGGUAGGCUCCUGGCAAUAGGUUAGCUACUUCUAGCAGAACUUGCCUACAUAUAAUAGCAAUCUUACCCUAGUCUUGCAGCUCCAGUAGACAUAUCUGCACAGGUCUUAAAAGAAACUUGUUUUUUUAUUGAGAUUGCAGCUGGGAUCAAGGAAGGACACCUCCUUGCAUCUAAAAUUACACUAGACAUCUCCGCUUAGGAAAUGCAUGUGUCUACUUCCAGUCGGAUACGUGAAAAUCAGGUGUCAACGCACCCAUUUGAGUUGGUGGCCAUCUGAUCAGUAACCUGUGGGGCUCGGGAGAGGAUAGUUCCCCUGCCAGUCUAUUCUAGAUCCAAGAUCCAUUCAUUGCCUCAUGUGGGAGCUUUGGCAGAAAGUAUACAUGUAGACAGAUCUACACAGAUUUCAUAAUCUAAAGCUAACUCAGAUCCCUAAGACACCUUUCUAGCCCUGUGUGUCUGGUGCCAUUUGAGACAAACUCUAGAGGAUCUCUGCAGCUCUAGUAAGGUUGCAAGUCUCCUGUCUGUCAUGUCUCAUAUCUGCUUGCCCCAAGCAGAUAUGUCUGAUACCUGUUGGCUUUCCAAAUUACAGUAAGUACCAUCCAGAACCCCUAAGUUCUCGAUGAAAUGAAUCCCUGAAAAAAAUCCCAUCUUCAGAACAAAAUCAACCUUCCUUUCCAUCAGUGUAAGCCAAUCAGCUGCAGUGUGUCCUUCAGAUUAACAAGAGUAUAACAGGAGGCAGAAUUUGAUCCCUUUGUGUUCCACCAUCUCAUGCCAUUGUUGUUUGUUGCCGUCACCUACACAAAGCUUACACUGAAGAAGACGAGUUGCAAGUAUUGUUCUGCACUGCCAGCUUUUCACAGACACAAAGAGUUUCUUUUUUUUUUUAAUUUCUUUUUUUAUUUUUCAGAAAGCAACACUUUGUAAAAGACUUAACAGCUGAGACCUUGUGAGGCUCUCUAAUACAAGUGCUAUUUCAAAGCUUCCAUGCAGUUUUGAAAUGCCUAUUUACCAAACAAGCCAAGUGAUGCAGUUACAUCCCUGCCAAACCAAGGGCCUUAUCCAGAGUCUUUUGAGGUUGGUGGGAGGCCUCUUGGUAGAUGACAGUUAGAAUUGCACCAUGCCCUUUGGGGUUGUGGGGAUAUUCUUCACAAGUUACUAACACAGCUUCAAAGCAUGAUUUGUUCCCUUUGGUUCUGCACUUUGCUGUGCUUCCUUUUCCAGUGAAAAGUUCUCAACGUCUCCUUUUGUUGUGGGCGGCCCCCUCCUCCAUGCUCCUUUUGUACAUGAAAUUUCUUAACACACUCUUCUUUUGGGUCUGAAAUAGCUUUUUUCUUUGGUUGUUUAUUUUGAGUCAUGCAUAUAGGAGUUUGGAUAUUUCUGUGUACUGGUACUUAUUUUUGUGACCUUUUGCACUAAGUUACUCUGACAAAAACAAAAACUGGAAAAAAAAAAAGCACACUUUCUGGUGAACUAUUGUAAUUUGUAAGCUCGUUGUUUGUUGUUUGUAAUGUACUGAGUCUACAAGCCGAGCUAAGGAAGGAUUAAGGCAACAGUUUGUGUUGACAGUGUCACUCCAUAUCUAGUUCACCUCUGUUUUCUUUUUCUCUCCUUUUUUUCUUUAACAUGUGGGGCUAUCAAAUUGAUGGUAGGAGGCAGAGGAGCUUGUGUUAUGAUUCUAACUAAGGUUAUGCUUUUUCUCCUGGCAGUCACAGAAAACAGAAUUUUGAAGAAAUUGCAUGAUUCUCAAAAUGUCAGCCGGGUGUUCAGCCAGAAGGGAGACUGCACUCCACCAUGGAGACGCAGUCACCUGGAAAUGGUGACCUGUAAGGGGGAAUGGGGGCACUAACUCUCCACAUUACACUUGCGAUGAGGCAGUGCAGGAGGCAACAGCUCUCAGAAAGGUUAUGCUGUUGGAAACCACGCAUGGAAACCAUCAGCUGGAUACAAGCAUUUCAGGUCUUUUUCUGCGAUUCAUUUUUGCCAUGGAAUGAAUUACUAGUUAGUCUGCCAAAACAUAGCCUUAAUUGCCCUGUAAAGUAUCAGAGAUGUGCUUCAAAUAUGGGAGAGGGUUUCAGACCUCUGGCUGAUAGUAAUCUGAAUGUCUUCAGCUAGAUCACUGGAGCUCUCCCUGAUACCCCAAAGAAUUGGGGAUGAUUUCCCUCAAAUAAUCGUGACAUUUAACAAAAUGUUGGGUACAACAGGUGAUCCAAAGAAUGGUGUUUGCUUAGGGAAUCUCCUCUCCCCAUCUCUUCCUCCCUUAGGAUGCUUGUAGCACCUUUUUUCUAAACUACUGACUGCUGUUCACAUUGCAACACCAUUUGCUUCUUGAUAUGCCGAUCAUUACUCUCGUCAUGGAUUUCAAUCCCACAAUCGUCUGAUACGAUUUCUGCAUGGGAAAUUAUUUACUCACUUUUGCAUGCCAUAGCCCUUUACAGUUCCUUCUUGCAUCAUUUAGGCAAACCAUUUUCCUAUGUGUUUUGUCAUUGCUGCCAAUGCUGAGCAUGUAUAUCGUUAAGAGAGAAAACUGAUGGCUUCUGAGGUAAAGCUUAGAUACAGCCAGUCGCAGCCUCACAUCGCACUCACAACACAGAGGAGUACUCGGACAACCAAGCCCACUCCGUGAAAUUUCAGAUAGAGGUUAGCAGAGCAAGAAGGUACAUGUUCUAUCAGGCAUCCAGCCAUAAAAAUCUCUGUGAGUUUUGCAAAUGAAAUAUUUAACAUAGACCAUUAUAUCUAAAUGAUAGCGAGAAGCUAAACAUUGUAGUACCUGACCUGCUUGGAAACCCACACCAUGAAAGAAACAGCUUCAGACCUCGUGGUAAUCCUGUUGAGGUCACUGUAGAUACAUCAUAGAUGAAUUUAGCCUCAGAUUGCCCUAGGCAAGGGCAGUGGUGAUCAGCAAACUGAGGCUGACAUAUAUGAAUUCAAGUCAGGACCUUAUAUUCGUCAUCCUCUACUGCUAUCAACAGGAGUUGCAUUCACUGCAAUUAUGUGUGUCUUCUAGCAGAACUGUAGAUAAAACUUGGGAUAAAGCAAUGAUCUUCAGCUCCAUUUAAGCCCAUGACGUGGCUUAAGUCACCUGAAGGAGUUCCUGGAAAUGUGUGUAGGGGGAAGGGUGAUCUGUGGGUGGUCUGUUGCCAACCAACUUGGGAGCCCACCCACUGACUUUGAAAGGAUUUUAUGGGAUUUUAAUGGAGUCCACCCUUGGAUGGACUGUGGUGAACUGUAUCCUACUUGAAAAAUGAAGGCACCCUAAAAAGCUAAAAAAAAAAAAAAAAGGGCAAAAAGAGCAGCUUCACAGGCUGUGAAAGCUAGCUGAGAUUAAAUGUUUAUAAUAAAAAAUUGGCUCUUUCUACAGACGAGCCCUUCAUCAUUCAUUUUACUUUGUUCUACUCAAAUUAUAUUAAAUAAAUCUCUCAGAACGCUGCUCAUUUCAGUAGCAAAGCAAAAAAAGGACUUCUUUUUUUCUUUUAAUGGUCCAUCCAAGGGUAAUGCAAGAGUCUCUCAGUUACAGUAAAAAGCAAAAUGGAGAUUUAGAUUAUUCCCCUUUCGCUAUCUGGUUUUCUAAAGAGAAUUCCACAGGACGUUGCCUCAGUCCAAGUCAGUUUUGUAGACAAUGUAACAUGUCUUAAUACCCUGUUCGGGGAUUGAAAAAAUUUAGCCUUAGCUUCUUUUGUUUUCUAUGGUUACUGUUGUACAGAAGAAAGACUUAAACUGUAAAUAAUGUAUAUUUAAUAAAAAGAGACUUUUUGUAUGAUUUUGUG